GAGGGGCCAGCAGUGCCAGCAACCCAGCAGCAGGCAAAUUAGUCAUGAGAGGGAUCAGGCGGCUACCCGCGGCGGCCUUCUCCGAGCAGAUCUCCCCUCCUCUCCGUCGCCCUCGCCGCCCAUGAAGUGCCACUCGGUGGCCGCGCUCUGGUCGCCCUCCCCGCCGUCCCACCACAUCACCGCCGCCGCCGCCACCCCCGCCGCCCUCUUCACCGGCGCCGCCGACGGCACCAUCCUCCACUGGCCGCUCCUCCCUCCCCCUUCCCCUUCCCCUCGCCCCUCCUCCCUUCUCUGCGCCCACGCCGCGGCCAUCACCUCCCUCUGCCCACUCCCCUCCUCCCCUCCAUGCCUCCUCGCCUCCUGCGCCGCGGGGGUCCUCUCCCUCUUCUCCUCCUCCGCCUCCGCCUCCGCCUCCCUCCGCUGCCUCCGCCGCCGCUCGCUCCCGCCCUGGGCCGGCUCCCCUUCCCUCGUCGCGCCGCUUCCUCCCUCCUCCUCCUCCGCUGGAUCGUCGAGCGCGAGCGUCGCGAUCCUCUGCCACGCCCCGGACGACGGGGGCCGCCACGUGUCCGCCGUCGUGGUCGUCGACGCCCGCACCCUCGUCGUCCUCCGCACCGCCUUCCACGGCGCACUCUCCGUCGCGCCGCCCAGGGCGAUCGCUGUCGCGGUCGAUGCCGGCGUCGAGGAUGCUUCCGUCAGCGUCGUGCUGGCCGAUGCGCAGGGGCGGGCGCAGGUGGUUCCCGUCGCGGAGGGCGCGGCCGUCGAGGGGGACUCGCCGAGGCGGCUCAGCGCGAGCUCGGCGUCCAGCGUUACAUCCGCCGAGGCGGUGGAUGGAAGGGUGGAGGCUGUGUCUUUGUCUGAUGAUGGCAAAGUGGUGGCAUUGGUGAUGAAGAACAGCUGCUUGUUGAAAUGCAUCUCCGAGGGUGUUGUGCUGGGUGAGGUGACUCUACCGAGUGAUCUGCUUUGCAAGGAAGGGGAGGCAGGCAUGAAGGGUUGGCUUGUUGGAGGGUUCUUCCUCCGUGGCGGGGAGUGGGGAGCACAUGGCUCGGAGAAUGGCAAUGUGGUCAGGAGCCUGGUGUUGUGGAGUAUAAAUGGUGGUGCCAUAGUGUACAGGGUUGAGGUUGGUACUGGAUCAUUUGGGUGUAAAGCUGUUUGUGAAAUUCCUGAUAUUGUGUCGGAGCGAGGAGAUGGUUCCUUAGUUCAGUUUUGUCAGUCCGGCAACCAACUUAUCAGGGUGGAAUCUCGCCCCUAUAAGAUUGCUGGAUCAUUGUUGUGGAAACCAUUUGUCUCCAUAUGGUCUAUGGAUCAUCUGGAACUGAAUAUUGCAAAUAACAUAGAGAAACCACCUUUGAGCAAAAUUCUUGGAGAAGGUGGUCUUCAGGGAGAAGAAUUUAGAUCAGAUCACUCUCAUUCGUUCUGCCAGUCAAACAAUGGAGUGGACAUAAAUUCACUGAUAUGCUCAUCAAACAGCAAUGGAUUGGGAAGGCAUGGAGGGACAGUGUCUUCUUCGAUGGUACUUUCUGAGGAUUCCUACACUCCAUAUGCUGUGGUUUAUGGUUUCCAUAAUGGUGAUAUUGAAGUAAUCCGUUUUCUUAACCUAUUACCAGCUGCAAAAUUUGGCAGUGGAGGAAUUUACCCACACAUUUCAGAAAGAUUCUUUUUGGGACACACAGGAGCAAUUCUCUGCUUGGCUGCACAUCACAUGCAUGCUCAACCUGAUUCCAGAACCUUUAACCGAGUGCUCAUAUCAGGGAGUUUUGAUUCUACAAUUCGUGUUUGGGAUCUGGAUGCUGGCACCAUCCUUUCUGUGAUGCAUCAUCAUGUUGCCCCAGUUAAACAAAUCAUGUUACCGCCAGCUUGGACUCAUCAACCUUGGGAUGAUUGCUUUCUUUCUGUUGGAGAAGAUGGCAUUGUGGCUCUUGUUUCUCUUCAAACCAUGAGAGUUGAAAGGAUGUUUCCUGGCCAUCCUAGUUACCCAUCGAUGGUAGCAUGGGAUGGAGUAAAAGGGUACAUAGCUUGUUUAUGCCGGAAUCUCCACUCCUGUAAUGAUUCAGGUAGUGUAUUAUAUAUCUGGGAUCUGAAAACAGGUGCUCGAGAGAGAAUUAUUACAGGGACAUCGUCUCAAUCAACAUUUGAACACUUCUGCCGAGGCAUAUCCAAGAAUGCAGUUACUGGCAGCAUCUUGGGAGGGACAACUUCGGCAUCUUCACUACUUGUUCCAAUUUUCAAAGACACAAGCCUCCUUCAGUCUCAUGCAAAUAAAAAGGGUCUUAGUAUAUCAUCUGUAUCAACAAACCAUCACAAUGCAAAUACAAAUUCUGUGACUGUAAGUGUCCCUGCAGCAUCUGAUGUUAUGGGGAAGAUGUCAGCUACAGAUGAAGCACACGAACUCCAUGGAAAUAGUUCAGGGAAAGUUGCCUCUGGUCAGUGCAUAAACAACAGAAGAAAACACCCCAUAAAGUGCUCUUGCCCAUAUCCUGGCAUUGCAAGUCUGAGAUUCGAUCUCACAGCAAUCAUGUCUACACAAGGCAUGGCAAACAACAAUAGUGAUAGGCAGUUGAGAGAUCAUUUUUAUAGGGAUAAUGUUAAUGAUUCUAUACAGGCUGAAACUUGCGAUAAUACUUCUGGAAUGCAUGUAAUCGACAGCCCUUCUAGAGAAUCAUUGGAAGGGCGUUUACUUCGAUUUAGCCUCUGUUUUCUGCAUUUAUGGGGUGUUGAUCAUGAGCUAGACAAAUUACUUGUAGAUGAAAUGCAAGUUUGCAAGCCAGAAGGCUGUCAUAUAGCUACAGGGGUGGUGGGGGAUAGAGGUUCAUUUACAUUGAUGUUCCCAGGAAAAGAAGCCACUCUCGAGCUUUGGAAGGCAUCAUCUGAAUUUUGUGCGAUGAGAUCAUUGUGCAUAGUUUCUCUUGCACAACGCAUGAUAACAUUAUCUCGAUCUUGUACAAAUGCUAGCAGUGCCUUGGCAGCAUUUUAUACAAGGAAUUUUGCUGAGAAAGUACCGGAUAUAAAGCCUCCAUCCCUUCAGCUUCUGGUGAGCUUUUGGCAACAUCCUUCUGAACAUGUGCGAAUGGCUGCACGCUCCCUGUUUCACUGUGCAGCUCCACGUUCUAUCCCCAAACCCCUCCAUUUGCAGAAAAACAAAGUAUUUGAUUCCCAGUUGCCUACAUCUGAUCAGAUGGACAAUAUUAUUACUGCAAUUCAGAGUGCCUCUGUAUCUAGUUAUGGACAGUUAAAAGCGGAUAAUGAAGAUGUUGGGAGAGAAGAUUGUGAUACUUCUGAGAUAAGCUCAUGGUUGGAAUCAUUUGAAAAUCAAGAGUGGCUAUCUUGGAUUGGAGGAACAAGUCAGGAUGCAGUGGCAUCAAAUAUCAUUGUUGCAGCUGCUUUGGUUGUUUGGUACCCAAGCAUCGUGAAACCUAAGCUUGCUCAUUUGGUUGUUAAUCAACUAAUCAAGUUAGUUAUGUCGAUGAAUGAUCGUUAUAGUUCAACGGCAGCUGAACUUCUAGCAGAGGGAAUGGAAAGCACAUGGAAAGUAUGUUUAGGCACUGAUAUGACUCAUUUUUUGAGUGAUGUCCUUUUCCAAAUUGAAUGUCUAAGCAGUGCACCUUCCAACAAUGCUGUCUAUAAAACUGCAGUUGCUGUCACAAUGCGGGAGGCAUUGGUUGGUACUCUCUUGCCAAGCUUGGCUAUGGCUGACAUAGUUGGAUUUUUUGGCGUAAUACAAAGCCAAAUCUGGGCUACUUCAUCUGAUUCACCUGUUCAUGUAAUUUCACUUAAAACUCUCAUUCGAGUUGUUCGAGGUUCUCCAAAGGCCUUGGCUCCUUACCUUGACAAGGCAAUCAGCUACGUCCUACACACUAUGGAUCCAAGCAAUUUAAUUAUGCGUAAAGCUUGCAUUAUUAACUCAAUGAUGGCUCUGAGAGAAAUCGCACGGGUAUUUCCUAUGGUUGCCCUCAAUGAAUCGAUGACAAGAUUAGCUGUUGGUGAUGCUAUUGGGGAGAUACAUAAUGCCACAAUCCGAGUUUAUGACAUAGAAAGUGUCACGAAAAUAAGGAUUCUUGAUGCAAGUGGACCACCAGGUCUUCCAAGUUUGCUUGAUGGAUCAUCGAAUACAACGGCAACUAUACUGAUAACAGCUUUGAGUUUUUCACUGGAGGGAGAGGGUCUUGUUGCUUUUUCUGAGAACGGACUGAUGAUUAGAUGGUGGUCACUAGGCAAUGCCUGGUGGGAGAGACUCAGCAGAAGUCUUACUCCUAUCCAAUGCACAAAGCUUAUCUAUGUUCCUCCAUGGGAAGGGUUUUCACCCAAUUCAGCUCGUCUAAGUAUAAUUUCAAGCAUUUUAGGACAUGAUAAACAUCAAAACUCAGAGACCAAGACAAGAGAACUAGAUGAGGCUGAUAAUUUGAAGCUGUUGCUUCAUAAUCUUGACCUUUCUUACCGCCUUCAGUGGGUCAGUGGAAAAACUAUUAAGCUUACAAGGCAUGGUCAGGAGUUGGGUACAUUUCAGCUGUGAUGAAUGAGUAUGGAAUCUUGUUGAGUUGCUUUUGAGAUGAUACUGAUGUAGUGAAAUAUGAUCCAAGUGGCUCAAAAGCUUAGCCAGAACCAUCAUGCGGACAAUCAUUUGCCAUCUGAAGGAAGCACCACAUUCUGGUUACAGGAUGUUUGCAUGGAGGGAUCUGGAAAAAAUGUAUCUGUUUCACAUGCUCCAAGUGCAGCGUGCUUUCAGGGUUGCAGUGAUUUUGCAUGAUGCAACAAUGUAUUACUCCAUUGGCAGAAAUAUACCUUGGAGUAGUACCAACCAAAGUUCCUGGAACCAUCCGGAGUUUCCACGAGUUCAUGAUCAGCUGACAGAUUAUACUUUGAAGAGUUGAAAUUGGAAAGGCAUUUGAAUUACAGGAGUCACUUGUUCAUAAAGUCGCUGGGGCGGGCAUGGACCUUUCUUCAUCCUGCACGUCCUAGAGAAGCUAACCCUGAUGUAGUUUAGGGACAGGCUGUAUACAUUUCCCCAAAGAGGUUAUAUAUAGUAGAUAGACCUAGUGGCUUUGAUUUUGAGCUUUAACAAAAGGAUUUAUAAACUGUUGACAUCUCCUUAUUAUUAUCGAUGGGUAGCAUGACCUCUGUAAGAUAUAAUGUAUCACGUGAUCUAUCUCAAGGGAUGCUACAUUAGUGUCCAUUAGGAGUAAGGUGUUUUUAGCAAAUUUUCAGAGGCUCGCAAUAAAUUAAUGAUCUUAUUAGUGUCCA